AUGGCAUCGGCCAUGACCGCAGAGAAGCCGAGAAGACCGAUCAAGUCGGAACGUAAUAGAGCAGCUGCAGCUGGCAGAUCGACAUUCGCAGGUCCAGCAUCGUCGACUAGCUCGGCUUUUCACAAGAAACGGGCUCAGGGUCGAAGCAAUCAUGGCGAGGCUUCCAGCCGCCCACACGAGCGCAACGCAAAUGGAGACAACUCGAACGGAAGCUCCGACGUGAUACGGCACCCAAGAAAAAACUCGGACAUUGAUGUCCCAUCGCAGGUCAAGGACGUUAAGGGUGACAGUCACGACGAUGACGAAGAUGAUGAUGAUGAUGAUGAAGACGACGAAGAAGAUGUCCGCUCCAAGACAUCUCUUUCACUGUCAGGUCAUCAACUUCCACCACUCGCAGCUCUGGUCGACACACUCGCGCAGUUCAGUUUCCUCCAGCGUCUCGACAUAUCCUCGAUCGAGCCCUCAGACGCCAGCCCCAAAGGUCUCGACACGCUGACCUGGCUCGCCAAAGCCGUAUUCCGUAGCAACACCUCCGCCAAAGGCAAGGGCCGUGCUUUCGGUGAUCACCUCACCUGGCUUAACCUCUCCUCGAACCCCAACCUCACCUCCGAAAGCUGCAUCGGACUCGAAGCCCUCGAAGAACUCUGCGUCCUCACCCUCUCACACUGCGCGCUGACCACCGUGCCACCAUCCGUCACUCCCCUCCGCAACCUCAAAGCCCUCGUUCUCAACAACAACUCCAUCAGCAACAUUCCCGACUCCUUCCCACACCUGCCAGAACUCAACUCUCUCAUCCUAUCGCACAACGAAAUCACAACUCUCCCCGCUUCCCUGCCCGCAUCCCUUCCAGCGCUUAAAAAGCUUUCCUUGGGACAUAACAAGCUCAAAGGAAGCGAAAGCUUGCCGGACUUCUCGCUCUGCUUGUCGCUACGAGAGGUACGGCUGAACGACAAUCCCGAGAUCAAGAUUCUUCCGUCUCAUGUCAGGAAUUGGGGCAAAGGUGCGGAUGGUAAGACGGCUCCUGGACUGGAGCUGCUCGAGUUGAAGGAUUGUGGGCUGGACACGUGGGACGCGUUGUCGACGCUUGUCGAGGCGGAGGAUGAGAAGGAAUCGCAGCCGAGGUUGAGAAGGAAAGGUCUGACGCAGCUGCUGUUGAAGGGGAACGGCGUGGCGAUGGAAGAGAGGUAUAAGGAGAGGAUUCUGGAGGUGCACCCGACUUUGCGUGUGUUGGACAACGAAAGGCUGCAGCCGAGGGUGCGACGUGAAGAUCGAGAGGUCGAUGACAGCGAUGCAAACGGAAAGAAGAAAAAGACAAAGACGCCAUCCAAGCCGGAGCGGAGGGGACGCGAUGUCGUGGAGGAGCAUAGCGCAGACGAAGAGUCGGACGAUGACGAAGCAGCUCAAAUGGCGGAAGAGAUGCGAGCUUUGCGGCGCGGUAAGCCAGAACCCAAGAGCAACCCUAAGAAAGGCCGCAAGCCGAACCGCGAUGGCGAUGAUAGCGACGAUGUUGACGACGACGAAGGAGCGCAAUUGGCCGCGGAGAUGCGAGCUCUUCGUCGAGGCCAAGCGACUCCACGAAACCCUCCCGCUGGGAAAGACUCCUCCCUCUCCAAAUCCAAAAGCAAGCAGCAGGACAAACCUCUCGAAGCGUCCGAAGAUACAGACCGCGCCAAGCCGAAACACAAACGAGGAACUCGUUCCGGCAAGAAGGUCAACAAAACCGAAAGCACGGCCGACAAGUCUACCACCGCCGAUCGUGCCGACCGAGGCUUCUUCGAAGCAGUCGAUGCAGCAGAAGAAAAAGCGCGCCUCGCACCCAUCUACGAGCUCUCGAAAAAGCGCGCCAAGAUCGCCUCGGGUCGAACUCAAGUCGCAGAAGGCGUGCUCGAAGACGCCACCUCUUCCCUCUCCAAGGCGAGGCAAAAGGAGAGCAAAGGCCGAACGGAACUCGACACGUUCGACGAUACCGCUCCGGAGCCUGCAAAGAGUGCACCCUCGAAAGCGCAGGCGAAGAAACCAAAGCAGAAGGCAGAGGACAAGGUGGAAGAUAGGAAGGUCAACACGAGCGUCGCGGGGAUCGUGGAUCUGCGCAAACAGGCAAAGUCGCACAAAGGUACAGACCAGAAGAGAAAGAUCAGCGAGAAGGAAGCAGAAGGCGCGCUCAAGAAGAAGCCUAGAACGAGUAUGCCGUUCAUCGGAGCAGCAAACGGAGCGGGCGAAGGUGACAAGACGGCGUCGAGCGAGGCGAUUGGAUCAGGCACAAGCGCAUCCAUCUCUUGGCACCACAAAGGCGCCAAGGCGGCUGUCAACAGCAUCACGUCUCGAAACGCAAGUCACGCUUCCGACAGCGUAGGAGGAAAAGGCGAUAGCGGCUCCAGUUGGGGAUCUUCGAUUGAUAAUCCGUUCAAGAUGGACCGUCCUUUGAAUGUGUUCGGUCGGCCACUCGGGCAGUGUGGUACUAGUCCCAUGACUGGAUUUUACCGAGAUGGAGUACGUUUCCUACAACCGUACUGCAACACAGGGACGGCUGAUGGCGGCUCGCACACGGUCGCAGCAGUGGUCUCACAGAAGUGGCUCGACUACUCGGCAUCCAAAGGCAACGACCUCCGACCCAUCCUCUCGGAAGGCUGUUCGUGGUGCCUUUGCGUAUCGAGGUGGAAGCAGAGCUUCGAUGCGUACAAGCGCGGCGAGUUGCCCAAGGACGGCGUGCCCAAGGUGAAGCUCGAUGCAACGCAUCAGCGUGCACUCGACGUGGUGUCGUUGGACGACCUCAAGGGAUUCGCUUUGGAUGGCGGUCGUAGGCCGGCUUCUCAGGACCCUGCAAUGGGAGGCCCAAUUCGUUAA